UAUUUGCAUGACAGAGUCGAGAACAUCCAUCUGCGAGGAAAGAGCCGGGGGGAAUUGUGAUGUGACGUGACUGUCCUGUUCUGACACGUCCUCUUCAUGCCCUGACAGGCUGCAGUGUCACGUCCCAUCCUCCCAGGCAAGAGAGAUGGCUGCCGUGGGGCCAGCUCAGGGGCCGGUGACUUUCGAGGAGGUGGUUGUGUAUUUCACCAGGGAAGAGUGGGCUCUGCUGGACCCCGCUCAGAGAGCCCUUUACAGACAUGUCAUGCAGGAGAACUACAAGAACGUGACCUCGCUGGUGUUCCCACUUUUCAAACCUGAUGUCAUCUCCCAGCUGGAACAAGAGGAAGAGCUGUGGGCCCCAGAUUUCCAGGGCUCAGAGGAAAGAGAGAUCCUGAGAGGCAGCUGCAUGACAGGUGAGGGGAUGGUGAGAGAGACUGUGGAGCAGACGCCUCAGCAGGAAGAGGAGCAACUGGAAGCACGUGGGGUGUUGUUGCAAAGAUGCAAAGGGAGUGUGUCCAGGAGUUGUGAGUAGGGAAAAGGCUCUCAGGGGCAGCACAGGCCAGAGAAGCGUCAGGGGAACCAGCCAGUGCAGAAAGUUGGAAUAUCUGUUCACUAUCGGGAAACUCACAAAGGCCUCAAGGAAGCCACAGCCUGGCAGAGAAUCCUUACAGGAGAGAGAAAUAACACGGGCUUUGAGAGUGGGAAAAAGUUCAGGAGGUGCUCACAC